AUGGCUCCUUGGCCCGAGUUGGAAAAUGCUCACCCCAACCCCAGUAAAUUCAUCGAAGGGGCCUCAGGACCACAGUCUAGUGCACCAGCCAAAGACAAGGAGGCCAGCAAAACAAAUGACAGCGGGACUCCUGUAGCUAAGAUUGAACUUCUACCCUCCUAUUCCGCCGUGGUUCUCAUAGAGGAGCACCCUGAGGGGACGGACCCCUGGGACCUGCCUGAACUCCAGGACACUGGGAUCAAAUGGUCAGAGAGAGACACCAAAGGGAAGAUUCUCUGCGUUUUCCAGGGGAUUGGGAAGUUCAUUCUUCUCCUGGGGUUUCUCUACUUGUUCGUGUGUUCCCUGGAUGUACUCAGCAGCGCCUUCCAACUUGUUGGAGGAAAAAUGGCCGGGCAGUUCUUCAGCAACAACUCCAUCAUGUCUAAUCCUGUGGCUGGACUGGUGAUAGGGGUGCUGGUGACGGUCAUGGUUCAAAGCUCCAGCACGUCCUCCUCCAUCAUCGUCAGCAUGGUUGCUUCCUCACUACUGACAGUUCGGGCGGCCAUCCCCAUCAUUAUGGGUGCUAACAUCGGAACCUCCAUCACCAAUACCAUUGUGGCGCUUAUGCAGGCAGGAGACAGAAAUGAGUUCAGAAGGGCAUUUGCAGGAGCUACUGUCCAUGACUUUUUCAACUGGCUCUCUGUGUUGGUGCUCCUGCCUCUGGAGGCUGCGACCCAUUACCUGGAGCUCCUGACCAACCUUGUGUUGGAAACCUUCAGCUUCCAGAACGGAGAAGAUGCCCCAGACAUUCUGAAAGUCAUCACAGACCCCUUCACAAAGCUCAUCAUCCAGCUGGACAAAAAGGUCAUCCAACAAAUCGCAAUGGGAGAUUCAUCAGCCCAGAACAAGAGCCUGAUCAAGAUCUGGUGUCAAAGUAUUAGCAAUGUGACUGAAAUGAAUGUCACCGUCCCUUCACCUGAUAACUGCACCUCUCCUUCAUAUUGCUGGACCGAUGGCAUAGAGACCUGGACCCUCCAGAAUGUGACCCAGAAGGAGAACAUUGCUAAAUGUCAGCACAUCUUCGUGAAUUUCGAUCUCCCAGACCUUGCUGUGGGCAUCAUCCUCCUUAUUGUCUCCCUGCUGGUCCUCUGUGGCUGUCUGAUCAUGAUUGUCAAGCUCUUGGGCUCUGUACUCAGGGGACAGGUGGCCACCGUCAUCAAGAAGACCCUAAAUACUGAUUUCCCCUUUCCCUUUGCCUGGCUGACUGGCUACCUGGCCAUCCUUGUGGGGGCAGGCAUGACCUUCAUCGUGCAAAGCAGCUCCGUGUUCACUUCCGCCAUGACGCCACUCAUUGGUAUUGGGGUGAUCAGCAUUGAGAGGGCAUAUCCACUCACGCUGGGCUCCAACAUUGGCACCACCACCACUGCCAUUCUGGCUGCCUUGGCCAGCCCAGGCAACACAUUGAGGAGUUCCCUCCAGAUUGCCUUGUGCCAUUUCUUCUUCAACAUCUCUGGAAUAUUGCUGUGGUACCCAAUCCCAUUCACCCGUCUGCCCAUCCGUCUGGCUAAAGGCCUGGGCAACAUCUCUGCCAAGUAUCGCUGGUUCGCAGUCUUCUAUCUCAUCUUCUUCUUCCUGCUGACCCCGCUGACAGUGUUCGGCCUGUCUCUGGCAGGCUGGCCAGUGCUGGUGGGCGUGGGUGUGCCCAUCAUUCUGGUGGUGCUCCUGAUCCUGUGCCUCCGGAUGCUACAGUCCCGCUGCCCCCGCAUCCUGCCCCUGAAGCUCCGGGACUGGAACUUCCUGCCCUCGUGGAUGCACUCACUGAAACCCUGGGACAACGUCAUCUCCCUGGCCACCACUUGCUUCCAGAGGCGUUGCUGCUGCUGUUGCCGCGUGUGCUGCCGUGUCUGCUGCAUGGUGUGUGGCUGCAAGUGCUGUCGCUGCAGCAAGUGCUGCAGGGACCUGGAGGAGGAAGAGGAGGAAAAGGAGCAGGAUGUCCCAGUCAAGGCUUCGGGACCCUUUGACAAUGCAGCUAUGAACAAAGAUUGCCAAGAUGAGGGCAAGGGUCAAGUAGAAGUUCUGGGCAUGAAGGCCCUGUCCAACACUACAGUAUUCUAG